AUGCAAUAUCUAGAAGAUCGAUUAAUUAAAAAUGGAACAGGUUUUUUUGUAGGGGAUAAAUUAACUGGAGCUGAUGUAAUUUUAAGUUUCCCAAUCCAUGAAAAUGUAUUUGAUAAUUUAGAAGGAGUUAAAGAAAUCUUACAUGAUGAUAGAGAUAUGAGGAAAUUGUAUCCAAAUUUAUAUAAAUGGAGUAAAAUGAUUAAGAAUCAACCAAGUUAUAAGAAAAUCUGUCAAACCAUGGAUGAAGAAGUUGAAGAUUUAAUUGCUUCGAAUCCAAGAUUUGAUUAUGGUAAAGAAUAG